AUGUCAGCGACCGCAUCGUCGCGGAGUCGCAGCCCACCGACCCAAAGCGCGCGCCCCUCGUCAGAACACCAAUUAGCCAUGGAGAAGCAGCAGUCACAUCACACAAUACCAUGCGAAAAGUGCGAGAGCAAGACGAGCGAAAAGGUCACGCGGUUCGACGUGCCGCUGAUAGCGAUACCGCGGCUCGUCAACGCGCUGCUCGGCUUCGCCACCGUCAUCCGCAUACACACCGCCAUCGACGCCGGCUGGUGGCCGUGGGAGCACAAGGUGCUGUUCGUGCUCUGCUGGGUGCUGUUCUUCUGGAACCUGCUGCACGGCUUCGGCAGCAUCCUGGGCUACGCAUACUGGCCCUCGUCGCGGCGGACGGCGGGUCUGCCUCCCGUCACCAUUGUGAUCAAUGGCCGGACUAUCGUGUCGUUUGGCGGGCCGGACGAGGACGAGGGCGAGCGGCGGAGGCGCAUGAAGCGCAUCCAGUUCACCAUCAUCGACCUCAUCCUCACGAUCCCGACGCUUGCCUUGCUCAUAUACUCGGCGCACAUCAUGUACCCGUGGUGGGGAUCUAGAUACGUUGGGCUCUGGUCGCCGACGAUAGGCCUGAUCGCGUCUCUCGUGUCAUGCCAAUUCGUCACGGCCUUCUUCCAGAUGUUCCAGUUCUUCGAGGCCAAGGUCAUUGGCGUCCAGCUUACCAUGCAGGACCUCUACGAGCGGGACCACCCCGUUGGCCGGUUGCAACUGUAG